CCAAACAAGGAACCAACCGGUAUCUAAUCGUACCAUUUUUCGUCAUUAGUUGGAAGGAUGAUGAAUAUCUUUGGGAUCGUUUUUUGUUUAUCUUUAUCAUUUGCUGUUAUAGUAAAUGGAAAAUUUGCACCAUGUGGUGGUUCAGCAAAGAUAACAAAAGUUAUUUGUAAUGGCAAGGACAUGGAGACUGAGCAAAUGUGCAUCUUGAAAAAGGCAGAAAAUUCUACCUUAUCUGUCACAUUUCAAGCAGAUAAACCGGUUAAAAGUAUAACGUCUGUUUGUCAUGGGAUAAUUGGAGGAAUACCAGUACCAUUUAAUGGCAUUGAUACAAAUGGUUGCGAUGGUAUUCAAGGUGGAUGUCCACUGGCUGCUGGUAAAACAUACACAUUUACAACACAGAUUCCAGUCAAGAAAAUCUACCCUUCAAUAAAACUCGCAAUCAAGUGGGAAGAAAUGAUGGAUUCAAAAACUGAUGCUUGGUGCCUUGUCAUACCAGCAGAGAUUUUGUAACAGGUCACCAAUAAUAAAAACAACAGCUUAUAAAGUUUGAUCUGAAGUUACACAAUAUAAUUCCAAGCACUUAUGUAUGCUAUAAUAUUUAAAACAGCACAUCUUCUGAUGGGUAAACACAUUGAUAAUAACAUUUAACUAUAUAAAUAGAUUAAGCAAUGUUUAAUCACAAAUCGAGGACAAUAAUAAUAUGACCUAAAGUUUAAUAGUUUUACUAUCAUGAUUGCAAAUGAUAAUUAAUUGAUAAAGGGCUCUUCUUUUGAGUUAUUUGAGGUGAUUAUUUUGGGCUAUCAAAUGCCUUAAGCACCCUCAUGUGGUUUUAAAUCACAUUUUAAUGGUAUUCUCAACCUUAAUUCAUUAUGAUAAGAAUAAUUUUAAAAUUUAUAGAAAAUUAAAGGGUAUUCGAGGGUGUGUUGCUUUAAAUAAAAUUAAGGGGGGGGGAUAAAAACAUGUUGAAUAUAAUUAUUGAUCUGUAUGAAAACUAAGCUCACUGACUUAUAUAAGAUAAUUUAUAAUAAUGCAUAUAUUUUGGAAUGUUCUGUUAAACUUUUAUCUCAAAGUGUAUAAAGCUGUAUUUCAUGAAAUAAUUUAUAGAUUUUAUUAACAGUAAAAAUAUGUUCUUUCCCAAUAGAAUGUCUGUAUUAUCUAACAUUAUUAUAUGAUUAUUGGUCAUAAAAAUGUUCUGGUUCAAAAUAUUAUGCUGCUAUUUUAAGAAGGGUUUUAACCAUUAAGCAAUGAUUUAAUGCAUGCACCAUUCUCACUUAAGGCAAUAUGGUAAAAGGGGUAUUUUGGAAGUAUUCUUUUUCAAAAUUAAUUGAUAAUUGUUGCAUUAGAUAUAUAGCUUUAUACCCUUAAAAGAAAUUCUGUGAAAACUGUGUCUACUACUCUAGUUUUUAACACUAUAUCCUAGUCACUCUGCCAUGGAAAGGUCCUGAUCUGAGGAGAAUUACUAAUCUCAGUUUAUUUUACCUUAUUUCAAUCAAAUACACCUUUAAUAUGAUGUAUUUUAUUCAAUUUGAUUAUCUGAAUUAUAAUUUGAUACUUUGUUUUUGAAUAAAAUAAUUCAGUUUACAAGAGAAAUUCCCAGGGAUAGAGAAUACAUGUAGUGUUGACCUAAUUUACUGUUACUUACUAUGUUAAACAUACAUUUAUCACAUAAACCGCAGCACAGGAGUGAAAUAGCUGUUGUUUUGUUAUGUUAAAAUGUAAAGGGAAAGAGGCACUUGUAUACAAGAAUCGACAUCAGUUAUAUAUGCCUAUACUAUUGUUUUUAGAUGACUCACUGCACCAUUGUUCAUGUAUGUAUCAUGUGAAUGUAUCAUAGUUGAUCAUAGGUCACUGUGUACAUGUUAUAAUGAUUUAUUGUAGCUCUGUAAUAAGUCAUUAAAUCCUGAGAACAUGUUAUUACAAUGUUAUAACAACAUUAUAAGAGUGUUAUUACAAAACUUUUAUGUUAUUACAACAUAAUUACAAUGUUAUUAAACACUAUUACAGUGUUAUUACAACAAUUGAAAUUAUGACAAUGUUAUUUCAAUUACAACAUUAUUACAACAUUAUAACAAUGUUAUUGCAAACCUAUUACAAUGUUAUUACAGCAUUAUAACAAUGUUAUUAUAACACUAUUACACUGUUAUUACAACAUUAUUACAAUGUUAUUACAAGAUUAUUACAAUGUUAUUACAAGAUUAUUACAAUGUUGUAAUGAAUUUACAAUGACUGUGUACUUGUUAAAUUUAUUUUUAUGUUCCAUACAUGCAGUUUAUAUAAACUUGGAUGAAUAUAUAAAAAAAACUGCAUUGUAUAAUUAUGUUGUUCUUUAUUUAUGUAUUUUUUUCCAUCUGAUUUUAUAAAAGGAUCUGAUAUGUGCAUUUUAAGUUUUCUUCCCUAUCAGUGGUGACUCAUUAUGUAAGUAAACAAGUACAUAAUAUUGAUUUAAAGUUUUUAGAAGUUUCAGAUUGUUUUUGUUAUUUUGUUUGUACUAGUGCAACCAGGAAGUGAAGUUUUAAGUUACACUUGACUGGAGAUUUAGCAUUCCUGAGGUGUUAUUUGUACAGAUAUUGUUUGAAAGGUCUAAGAUGAAAGCUAAUCUGUCCAAAGUCUGAGUGAUAUAUUUUCCUAUGUGAAAUUGGUCAUAAAAUAUAAACAUGCACAUGUAUUUAGAGGACAGAUAAUAAUAGAUUAAUUUCUUAAGCUUUACAUGUUGUAUUUUCUUCAUUUUCUUUUAAACUAGCUGAACAAUUUAAUACUGAUAUUUUUUACAUUAAAUCAAGGAAGUGUCAUUAGAUUUUUAUUUUGUUUUCCCACAGUUUUUGUAGUCAUGUGACCAAAUAUCUUUGAAGAGUCAUAAAUAUAUACAAUGCAUAGAAAUGAUAAUGAUAUUUUUUGUCGCUUUUCAGUUUGCUGCAGAAAAAAAUGAAUAAGUUGUAUCAGUUUGUUUUUUGUUGUUGUCUUAUUGAAUAAUGUAGAUUUUUAAUAAAUAUAUAUACACAAAUAAUGUAUAGUAAAGCCUAUUAAGAAAUUAAUUUGACUAUCAUUUGUAAAAAAAAAUGCAUAUUUUUCAAAGAAUAAGAAAAUAACAUUUUCCAUAUCUCACAAUUUCCUGUUUUUAAGUAUUUCACUUUUCUUUCACUUUUUAUCUGAGAUUAUUAGUCUUGAGGUAGUUUUCUUAGAGAUUGUCACAUAUAGUCUUUUGAAAUGAAAAAAAAAACAGUUCUACAUAUUGUUAGUGUAAUGUUUUAAAGUUAAAACCGUUAUUCCAUUUUUGUAUACAUGCACAUUUGUACCUUUCUUUUAUGAACAGAACUAUUUUUGUAAUAAAGAACAUUUGAUUCAA